AUGCUCCCCGGAAGCGUACGCGCACCGGAUGUAUCAAUUGCAGUAGACGCAGACGAAAAUGUGGGACAAUCAUUCCCCCCUGGAAGUACUUUCCCAGAAGCUCACGAUAGUCCAGGUGACGAGUCCAAGCCAACAUGCACCGGCUGCAGACGGCGCGGUGAGAAGUGCCAAUGGCGCGUACUAGGUUCGUUCAGAGAGGCCAAUAUCAAAGUCCUCGAGCCCGGCCAUCCGUCGAUGAACCAAUCAGUUGGUCGGAAUAAUCGGCAGAGUAAAUUCAAGAUAUUGAACGUUGAUCCUCCUUCGGCCCGAAAAGAGCGUGCUCGUAAAGAGCAAACGUUGCCCGAAAGGGCGCCGUCUGCUCAACCACAGCAGGAGUCACAGCAGGAGGCUUCGGCGCCUUCACCGCUACCUGUUGGUUAUCCGGAUCAGACCCAGGCUCAGUUGCCUCAGUCUGAGUUCCAUCCCUGUGAUGAUCAGGGUCUUUCCCCGUCGCUAUCGAGUAAUGCUUCCUUUUACCCGGCUGCGGAAGUCCGCAACCAUGAACGCGAUGGCGGCUGCAACGAGGAGGCCACCACCGAAGUUCCCAAUCACAUUCCCCAUACCGCUUCACCUAAUCAUCCGUAUAUGCAUUCCAGUCCCGAAUUUGUAAUUGAUGAGCUCACUGCAUUACGAAACUUCUCCAAUAAUGCAGCCUCCUUCCCUCAAGCUGCCCAGGAAGCCUACCAGGGCAUUGCCUCUCCUCUCUUUGAUCACAGUGUCUUCUCCGAUCCAGUCAAUGAUGUCUUUCUUCCUGGAUCCGCCUAUGAGGCGCUUCAUACUACGCUGCGGAAUCGACAGCUCUGGACAGCCCGACCGGACAUCCCUAGUCGGUGUAGCUCACCAGCGUCAGUUUCAGAGUCCGGUGCGGUGACUCCCAAUGGGUUGCAUCCAAGUGAAGUAAACAACUACUCGAGACCAAGCCGUCCAUUUGAACUCUCACCAACUCGGGAAAAUGUGCUGUGGCAAAACUAUCUCAAUGAGAUUUGUCUAUGGCCUUAUCGGCCCGCCAGAUCGAGCGAAAACAAAAUCAGAAGUCCCAGUCAGAAAGCCUUUCCUUGUACCAGGAGGCAAUCCAUCUCCUCCUCCCGGAGCUAG